GGUUUGACGAGUUGCCAUCGAAAUAUAACUUCCGGCAAAAGAAACGACGUCCUCCAUCCUGUAGUGCCCUAAAUAACCACAGCGUAGUGGAAACCGCUCGAAUUCGAAAAUUAAAACAGACCUAGUAUUGUUGCGGCGUCGCUAGGCGCACGUGGUUAACAUGUUGAAAUCGCUGUUUCCUUGGAAACACCACAAAACAAAAGCGAUGGCAGCCCAACAAACGAUGGACAACGAAGUGGCAGACGUAGAAUUCCAAAGUCAGGAGCUGCUCCCAUGCCACGUCUGCGGUAGAACCUUCCUCCCGUCCCCUCUGAAAAAACAUGAGCGCAUCUGCGAGAAGACUUCCACGAAGAAACGCAAACCUUUCGACUCACUGAAGCAGCGAGUGGAAGGCACGGACUUGGCCGACUUCCACCAGAAGACCUACCUGAAGAGGCCGGAGCCUUCACCCUCCCCCGACCUUAAGAAGAAGAGUCAGAGCACUUGGAAGGAGAAGCACCUCGCGCUGGUCAGCGCCAUAAGGGCUGCCAAGGGGAUUCCAUCCGACGUGUCCCACGCCUUGCCCAAAACCAAAAGCACCACCAUGGCCGGCACGGAGCGCUGCCCGUCCUGCGACCGCCAGUUUGGCCCCAAGGCGUACGACCGCCACGUCGAGUGGUGCAAAGAGAAGAAGGCCCAGCAGCGCAUCCACCACUCCCCCGCCAACGUCCUGCUGGCCAAAGAACGUUUGGAGGCGAGGACCAAGUACGUCCCGCCAUUGAACCGUUCCAAGAAGACCAUCGUGAGGGAGAAGUACUCGAAUCACGCUUCUACGGAGACGUUGAUAAGCGUCAAGACCUCCUCUCCCCUCUCCAGGGGCCCUAGCGUGAGGAAGCCUCGUUCGGCGAUCGAUAUGGGGAAGAACAACGAAAAGUGUAAUAAUAACAGCGAGGAGAGGAAGCCCAAGUUCGACAAGAACGGUACGGGAGGAGGGGACAAGGUGAAGACGCACGACGGCGGCGACAGGUGCGUGCCUGUGAUCGGCAGCCCUUCUUCGAGAUCGGAGAUUUUGAAAAGGGGCAACUUUAAUUACAACCCCUUUGAAUCGGCGCAACGCCAGUUCAUGGAACUGCUGGAGUGUGACGAUUUCAAGGAACUCGCCCCCACCUGCACACCCGUCAAACACACCCAGCGGCCACACACCAGCGACGUCACACCAACCAAACGACCCUCACCCGCAGCCAACAAAAAAACCAUAAAAUCCGCCGAGCCCGUGCUCACCAAAGUCUCCAAGAAAGCCAACAGGGCGUCGGUCAUCGAACCCCCCAGCAGUUUCAAAGACUCCCUGGACUCGAUCGCCGACGACUUUGAACUGAUGGAGAAUCUCAUAAACGAUAACUUUACCGACGAUAACAAAAACGACACCAACGGUUUUUACCUCCACUUAAAAUCCGAAAAGGAAUCUCUCACGUUAAGCGACAUUUUGAACAGCAGGAAGUACAGUGACGACAUGUCGACGAUCGAUCCGAUGCUGAUCAACGAAAACGAUAAUCUCUCGAUCCCCGAACACUUUAAAAUCGAUGACUAUUCGCCCACUUCGACUGCGGACACCGAUAUAACCAUACGAAACGACAUCGACUGUUACAGCGUACAAUACGACAAUAAAAUUGCCGCUUUCGAACCGAAAGUUGAAAAAAAAUCUGUGAAAACUAAAACUGAAAAAAAACCGGCUGUGAAACGUUCCGUUUCGUUGGUAAAUCGCGCGAAAACUGACGACAGUCCAUUAAAAGCGACCAACAAAAAGUUGACGAAUAAGACUAAGCUAACGAGUAAGUCUGUUUCUAGCAUAACGUCCGCUAAGACUGUUACCGGUGAUAAGAAGAAGGGCCUGUCGGGUUUGAAACGGUCCAUGACUUUAUUCGACCCCUCCCCAAAACCCCCGUCGUUAAAAAAUAAGAACGACGUCAACAAUUACUUCUCGGAACAGGAACAGAAGAUAUCUAUGAGCAUAGAAAGGAACAGCCCGGUUAAAGAUUUAAGUGACCUUUUGGACGAAACGCUGAAACCCGAGGACUUGUUUAACGUGGACGAUGAAAUGUACGAGGAGUACAAGAAAUAUGAGGAAAUGUAUCUGAAAGAGAAAGCGCAGAAUUCAGCCACGAAGAAGCAUAAACCUAAAAUCGUCGACAUUAAUCUCGGUAUUCACACUGCUAGCGAGGAAGAGGAUCAUCCUCCACAAUUCAACAAGAUCUCCAACGAUUCUGCAUACGGAAGUUUGACCAGGAAAACCCCCAAACACCGCAGCCGCGCCACCAAACUCACCCCUUUGGAACAGAAACAGGCGGACAGCACGAGUUCCAGCGGUUCCGAGAACUGUCCCAACUCUCCAGCGCCGGCUAACCAGCGUCUCUCCAAGUUCUGUCACGAGUGCGGCAACAAGUACCCCCUGACGACGGCCAAGUUCUGCGUAGAGUGCGGUGUGAAGCGGCUGGUAUUGUGAUAUUUUUAAGGAGCGUGAGUGUAUAUUUUUAAAUGGUUUUGUAAUGUACAGACUCUUUUUUUAUAUAUGUGCACACUUUACAAUUUGGGAUUUUAAGACGUAGCCGGGAAGUUUUAAACUUUGGUGCGGUACGGACCUUCGGUACUUAUACUGCUUUAAUAAAAGGAGGUAUUUUUAAAGUGCUGCUUCUAUUUCAUGUUUUUUUAUUGGGAGGGAUCGAGGGUAUUAAAAUGGAAACUAAAUUUUUGCUUUGAAGUUGAUGCACAUUGUUGCCAAUGUGCUUCUAGGGGGGGCGCGUAUUGGAAGAGUUUUUGGAAAUUUGUUAGUUUUAUGUUUCAAGACAUUGUAGGUCAAUUGUGACGAUAUUGUCAGUGCCUUUUAAUGUCUUAGGCUCUAAAGAAGUAAUGUUUGUUUUAUUGCAAUGUUGCCAUUGUGCUUUUUACUGUGGUUCAUGCUAUUUCGGGAUCAAAGAUUUAUUUAAGGAUUGCAGUGUUGCCAUUGUCUUUAGCUGUGUCUUACAGUAACGCAUUCUUAUGAAAUAUUGUUUAUUGGGAUGAGAAGGGCUUUUGCCGUUUCUGAAAUUUUUCAGUGUUGCCAUUUUUUAUGUUUGUGUUUGAGAGUACAAAUUUUUGUUAUGAAUUUCCAACGUAUGAGUCUUAAAAAUUUGAAAUUGUGAAUGUUGAUAAAAACCUAAGCUAUUUUAACGAAAAUUAAAAAUAAAACUUGGGCAUAAUUAAAACCUCAAAAAGUUAAAGGUAUGCAAUUAAGGGCAUAUGCUUAUUAAUGCCAAAGUGUACUUAAAUAUUUUAUUAUUUACAACGUAAAUAUUGUUAAUAAUAAUCGUAAAAACAAUAUUUAUUUUUAUAGUUCUUUAGAUAUUAUCGAUAUACGUUUUUUAAAUGACCUUUUCUUCCGUAACAUGUAACGAACGACUUUACAUUUAUGCACGAUAAUUGCCGCAAUAUUAUUGUAAAAUAUUUAAGUAUUUAAUUUGUUCAGAAUCGUGCAAUUUUACAACAGAGUUUAUUUUUAUGUACUAUACUUUUUUUAUACACAAUUUUUCGAACUUUUUCCGGUAGUUCUUGAAAAUAACUUCCAGGAUGUGACUUUAUGAGUGAUUUGUUUCUUAUCGAUAGGUUUACGAGUGAUAUUUAAUUUUUUUUGUUAUUUUGUAACAUUUACAUGUUUAUGUUGUUAUCAUUCCAGUUUACAAACUAAUGCUAUUUUAUUAACAAGACUGAUGUUUUGUUAGGUUAUUAUUUGCCAAUGAGUAACGUUUUUUUUUUCAAUAAAAAUAGUUAACUUUGAA